UUUGAAUCAGUUAGCUACAAAUUGUUUGAUCGUUUAAAGCUUGUGCAGUUCUUUUUAAAAUGAAGUUUUUAGUGGCAUUUUGUGUGUUUGGCGUCGUUGUCUGUGCUAAUGCUCAGAUCUUUGGUCGUGGCGAACCACAACGUGGACAUGGACACAUGCCGCAUCAAAAUUCGGAUCAAGAGAGAAGAGCCCAAGAAAUGGUUGGCAGAUGUCAACGCAAAGAAUUAGCGACUGAAAGUGAUAUGUCCGAGUUUUCGCAACAGAAAAAGCCAACGACAAAAACCGGAAAAUGCUUGCACGCUUGUCUCAUGGAAACAGUUGGAUUGGUUUCCAAUGGAAAGCUAUCGGUAGAAAAAUCGGUUGAGUUUAUGAGCCGCAUGGCACAUGGAAAUAAUGAAUUAGUUAAAAUUGUUAGAGAAAUUUCGGAAAAUUGUGAAACCAUUACUGAUCCAGAUCGCUGUGAGCUGGCAUUCAAAAUUAUGGAGUGCACAGAAGAGGGAAUCCAAAAGCGACAAGACGAAAUGCGAAAAUUUAUGCCAAGACAACAACAAGAAUUUAACCAUUGAUUUUACCUUU